AACAUGCAUGUACCAGAUCGAAAAGUGGGACGCGUAAACUUGCUACAUGAGGAAAAGGGCGAGAUGAUAUAUUUGCAUCACGUAACAGUGCAAUAAGGAUGAAUUUCUGAAUCUGUUGAAUUCAUGUGAAACACGAGCAAAUUCAAUUUCAUGGAAAGAUUCAUGAACCCCAAUUUAAUUUUAAGGUAUUUGUUACGUAAAAUUCUACUCGAGCACGCCUUUAAUUUCCUUAUAUAUGUCUGAAUUCUCACGUUUCUGUGAUUUAACAGAUCAUACGAAUCUGAAAUUUUAGUUUUGGUGGUCCAUUAGUGUUCUUAUCCUUCUUCUUUUUUUUUUUAAAUUUUAAUUUAGUGGGUACAAUUUUUUGAAAAACUUGCUCAACACUUCUUUUAGUGUGAAUCUAAGUUUCUGAAAUUCCAGAUUGUGUUUUUCUGAGUUUGUUCCCAAAAUCCAAGAUUCUUUAAUGGGGGUAUUUAUAAAAGAAUUUUUUUAGGGGAUUUCCCAUUUUUCAAAAUUUUCUGUUUGAAGGUAACCUAAAGAUUGAAUGGGUUGUUUUUUACUGAACCUCAAGCGUAGUAUUAAUUAUUCAUCCUGAAUUUUGUUGUUCUUCUUCUUCAUUUUUGAGUAUGAAAUUAUGCUCUGAAUAGGUUAUAGAAUUGGGGUUGUUGAUUUUUUGCGAAAACUCCUGUGCUAGAAUUUGUCUAAUUUUACUUGAGGAAACUAGUUUUCUAAGUUGUUGAAAGAUGGGGGAUAAAUUCUGGUUAAAUGAAGAGGAGAAGGCUAUGGUGGAGAGUGUAUUAGGGAGUGAAUGUGUUGAGUAUAUUGUUUGGUCCGCUUCAAAUAAGGUGUUGUCGGAGUUCACUGUAUCAGGUGGAGAUUUAGGAGUGCAUCAGGGGCUAUGCCGGAUUCUUGAAGGGUCGGAUUGGACUUAUGCCAUUUACUGGCAAGUUUCAGAAUCGAGAUCCGGUAAACCGGCCUUGAUUUGGGGUGAUGGACAUUGUGGAGAACCGAAGGAAGGUGAAGAUAAAGAUGGAAAUGGUACCAAGAAUCAAAAUUUAGCAGAAGAAUAUAGGAAAAAACUAGUGCUUCAGAAGAUUCGUGCUAGUUUAGGACGAUCAGAAGAUGAAAACGUUGUGCCUAAGCUAAAUCAGGUUUCUGAUUUUACAAUGUUUUAUCUCACAUCAAUGUACUUUGUAUUCCCCUUGGAUAGGCCAUUCAUUCCUUCUGAGUCAUUUAAUUCUGGCGGAUCGAUUUGGGUUUCUGAUGAGAAAAGUUGUUUAGAAUAUUAUCAGUUGAGGUCGUAUCUAGCAAAAUCUGCUAAUUUUGAGACAUUAGUGUUUGUUCCAACUAUAUCAGGAGUCGUGGAGAUCGGUUCCAGAAAGUCAAUUCCCGAGGAUAAGUAUGUGAUGGAAUUAGUGAAAUCUAUGUUUGGGAAACCAAAUUUGACACAGGCAAAAACAUUUCCAAAAUUAUUUGGGCAAGAAUUAAGUCUAGAAGGAUUCGAAUCAGGUCCAAUCAGUAUUAGUUCUUCUCCGAAUGUGGAAGAUAUUUCUGGUUUUCCUUCGGAGUCACAUAGUAUACAGACAUUAGGAAGUAGUAGCCAAGUACGUGUAAACUCAUCAAAUGGGCAUCAAAUUGAUGAUGGUGAAGCAAGACAGUCUCCACAUAUAAACCAGGAAGUCGUUGGGCAACCAAAUUCACAGACUCAAAAGGAUUUGUCUAUUGUGCCUGAAGUUCAGAAACCUAAAAAGAGGGGUCGGAAGCCGGCCGACGGAAGGAAAGAACCGUUAAAUCACGUGGAAGCCGAAAGACAGAGACGCGAGAAGCUUAACCAGCAGUUUUAUGCUUUAAGAGCCGUUGUCCCGAAUGUCUCCAAGAUGGACAAAGCGUCUCUGCUUGGAGAUGCGAUAGCCUACAUCACAGAUCUUGAGACGAAGAUAAGGAUCUGGGAAUCAGAGAAAGAGAUGGUGAUUAACAACCAAAAGUGGUAUGCUAUCCCAGAAAUUGAUUUUCAAGCUAGGCAUGAAGAUGCAGUUGUAAAGUUAAGUUACCCACUGGAUUCUCACCCCAUAUCGGGGGUUGUAAUGGCGUUGAGAGAGCAUCAAGUAACCGCGCAACAGUGUGAUGUGUCCAUAUCCGACGAGGCUGAGGUAGUUCACACAUUCUCCAUUCAAACACAGAGCGGCUCUGCAGAUCAGUUGAAGGAGAAGUUAGCUGCUUCUCUCUUGAAAUGAUAGAGUCGAACAUGUAAGAUUUGAUCAUCGAUGUAUGUCCAUUUUGUAUAAUGGGAAUGUCUCAUAGUCGAUGCAUAGCAUAGAGAUUUGCGUAUAGAAAAUGAGAAUGUGUUGCUCUAUAUUGGUAUCUCUCUAUUUGGCUCAGUAAUGCUCUUAUAAAAUUUUACAUGAAUUUGUUUGAAAAUUUUAGCUUUGA